GCCCGUGCAGGCAGGAGAGCGCGCAGAGGAGGCACCUCGCCGUGCAUUAGGAGGCGCACGCAGACCGGACGGCGCUGCGGAUCAUUACAGCAAGAUCGGAGAAAUUCACCUGCUGCACACAAGGUCGCGGGACAGCGAUGCAUCUGAGCACCGGGGCACCGGGGCACCACAGAGGCAAAGCGGCCGGCGACAGCUCAGAAGAACAGCAAAGCUUGCAUGCAAAAGACACGCACAGACAAAAAGGGAGAGGAGGAUGAGGAGGGGAGGAGGAAGGGAGGAGGGGAAGGGCAAUUUGAACCCGACAAAGAAGAGUGAAGAUUUGUGAUUCAAUAAGGAGACGCGGGAUAGACCCUUUUUGUAUUUUUUAUUUUGUAUAAGCGAUUGUGGCUAUCUAUAGCCCGCACAAGCACGCUGUUUGUUAGUUUUCUUAAAAAAAAACAACAACAAAAACAGUUACAAAACCCUCUAUAGCGUUAAAGAUAUUAUUACCCACAAAAAAAAAACACACCACCUAUCAGGUUACAGUGCACCGCUGGCAGACAACGAGAAUGCGCGUCUUCCGCCGGCCGCUCCGUAGAAAGAAGCCGAGAACGGGCGAUUUGUUCUCUGGGAAAAAAUCGGCGGCUGUGCCCGCUCCGGAACCCUGGGGUUCGGUAAUAAAACGCCGGAUUGUCUGCGGAUGGUCGCCGCUACUUCGCCAGGUCUGAUAUUAUUAACCAGCUGGAAGCGACGCGAUGCAGGGAGUCACGGUAACCGGGGAGGCUCCGAUGCUCAGCCAGGGAGAGCGAGAAGAGCAGCGGCCCCUCAAGCAGUCUCUGAGCGGCUCCCUGUGCCGCGAGUCCCACUGGAAGUGCCUCAUCCUGUCCCUGCUCAUGUACGGCUGCUUCGUGGCUCUGGCCUGGUGCGGGCUCUCCCGGGUCCCAGCCUCGGGGUACCUGGACGGGGCUCCGCUCUCCCUUGACAGCCCCUGCUCCAGCGGCUACGUCUACAUCCCCCUGGCCUUCCUCACCAUGCUCUACGUGAUCUACCUGGUGGAGUGCUGGCACUGCUACUCCAAGAGCGCCGGGCAGCAGCGGGCGGAGAUCAGCGGGGUCUACGAACGGGUCCAGCGCAUGCAGCAGUCCACUCCCUGCAUCUGGUGGAAGGCGAUCAGCUACCACUACAUCCGCAGGACCAGGCAGGUGACGCGCUACCGCAACGGGGACGCCUACACCACCACGGAGGUCUACCACGAGCGGGUCAACACCCACGCCUCCAGCUCCGAGUUCGACUACUCCCACCACGGGGUGAAGGACGUUUCCAAAGAGCUGCUGGGGCUGUCGGACUACCCUGCCACCCGGCUCCGUUUCACCAAGUGCUUCAGCUUCGCUGACUCGGAGGCCGAGACCGCCUACCUGACCCAGCGGGCCCGCUUCUUCAGCGACAACGAAGGGCUGGACGAUUACAUGGAGGCGCGGGAGGGGAUGCAUUUGAAGAACGUGGAUUUCAAAGAGCACAUGAUCGCUUUCCCGGACCCUCUCCGGCCCCCUUGGUACACCCGGCGCGGGGUCUUCUGGGCGGCCUCCUGCCUCACCCUGUCCUGGCCGCUGAGGGUCAUCGCGGACUACCGCACCGCCUUCGUGCACUACCACGUGGAGAAGCUGUUCGGGCUGGAUCGCGGGGCGCCGACCCCGGAGGAGCUGGGGUACGCCGGGGGGCGCAUUCCCCGGGUCAACACGGUCGACAUGACUGAGGUGGAGUGGCACAUCUGCUCCAACCAGCAGGUGGUGCCCAGUUAUUCGGAAGCCCUCCUGAUGGACGGGACGGUGGCCGGCUACCCGGCUUACAUGCAGAACUGCCAGCGGUGCCGGCGGUCCGUCAGCAGCUCCUCGCUCCCUCCGCGGGCUCCGUCCCGGCUCCCGUUCAGCCGCAGCCGCUUCUCCCUGGGCCGGCUCCAGCCCUCCCGCCGCACCUGCCUCUUCCGCAGCUUCAGCGGCCGGCUGGACGAGAGCAGCCCGUCGGACGGGACCCCCGAGGACCAGCCGCCCCUCCCUCCCCCCUACCAGGACGCCCUGUACUUCCCGGUGCUGAUCGUGCACGGCGAUGAGAGCUGUCACCGAGACGGGACCCCCCCGCCGCAAUGGGACCCCUCCCUGCUGUGACCCUCAGAGCGGAUUCACUGUGGAGCCUGAUUGUUCAAACUCCUGGCUCCUGAUCAUUUCAAUAUGAAUACUAGACUUCAUUGAAGGGAGCUCUGAACCCCAGGACUGGGUGCAGCAGCAGCAGCAGCAGGGCUAGUGUGAGUUUGUAACCCUGCUCAAACUCCUGGCUCCUGAUCAUUUCAAUAUUAAUAAUAAUAAUACUAGACUUCAUUGAGGGGAGCUCUGAACCCCAGGACUGGGUGCAGCAGCAGCAGCAGCAGCAGGGCUAGUGUGAGUUUCUAACCCUGCUCAAACUCCUGGCUCCUGAUCAUUUCAAUAUUAAUAAUAAUAAUACUAGACUUCAUUGAGGGGAGCUCUGAACCCCAGGACUGGGUGCAGCAGCAGCAGCAGCAGGGCUAGUGUGAGUUUGUAACCCUGCUCAAACUCCUGGCUCCUGAUCAUUUCAAUAUGAAUACUAGACUUCAUUGAAGGGAGCUCUGAACCCCAGGACUGGGUGCAGCAGCAGCAGCAGCAGCAGGGCUAGUGUGAGUUUCUAACCCUGCUCAAACUCCUGGCUCCUGAUCAUUUCAAUAUUAAUAAUAAUAACACUAGACUUCAUUGAGGGGAGCUCUGAACCCCAGGACUGGGUGCAGCAGCAGCAGCAGCAGGGCUAGUGUGAGUUUGUAACCCUGCUCAAACUCCUGGCUCCUGAUCAUUUCAAUAUGAAUACUAGACUUCACUGAGGGGAGCUCUGAACCCCAGGACUGGGUGCAGCAGCAGCAGCAGCAGCAGGGCUAGUGUGAGUUUCUAACCCUGCUCAAACUCCUGGCUCCUGAUCAUUUCAAUAUUAAUAAUAAUAACACUAGACUUCAUUGAGGGGAGCUCUGAACCCCAGGACUGGGUGCAGCAGCAGCAGCAGCAGGGCUAGUGUGAGUUUCUAACCCUGCUCAAACUCCUGGCUCCUGAUCAUUUCAAUAUUAAUAAUAAUAAUACUAGACUUCAUUGAGGGGAGCUCUGAACCCCAGGACUGGGUGCAGCAGCAGCAGCAGCAGCAGGGCUAGUGUGAGUUUCUAACCCUGGCAAUGGUAAAAUAACUAAUUCAUGAAGGAUGUUGAGAAGGUACAGACUACUUACUGGCUUGGAAAAAGAACCCCAGUCCGCUGUGACUGGGUUGAGGUGGAGACCCAGUAUGCUACGCUCAGCCCUGGAACAGUCUGACAGAUACAGAAUAUUCCGCACAGAAAAGUUCAGGGGUUGUGUAGCUAAUCGUAAGCAACUGUUUACCGCCGAUGAACCACAAACUUGCAGGAUAAAAUGCUUUUGAGUCCGCUGUGUGUGUGUGUGUGUUUUAGUUAUGUUGUGUUUUUUUUUAUUUUUUUAGGAUUUGUUUGUUGAUUGAUUGAUUGAUUGAUUGAUUGAUUGAUUGAUUGAUUGAUUACGUGGAUGUUUUCACUUUUUUUUUUUGCUUCACGAUCUGUUUUUGAAAAAAAAAAAAAAACAAGGAGGAAAAAAAAUUAUUUAAAAAGAAAGAAAGUAACAUAAUUCAUCCCUUACCUGCUGAAAGGACGAAAAAUAUAAAAUGCUGCUUUCGGAAAAAUUAGUACCAAAUACAUUUUUCUUUUCAAAAAUCACAACACAAGCUGUAUUUAUGUCAUUUGAUACAUUUCUAAAUCAAUAUUUCUGCACAGAAGAAAAAAACCAAUCCUUCUUUUUUGGUUACAAACCGCUAGGCCCUAUAAUGAAGCUCAACGCGGCUCCCUUUGGGCAUUCAGAUUUUAACUUAAAUCUAAUAAAACAACAAAGAAAUAUGCAGCUUCAUCCUGUUUGCAGGUAAGGGACGAUACCAGUGAGUUUUAGGAGCUUUGAAUGUAUAGCGAUGGGAGACGAAAUGCAUUCUCCUGUCUCCUUUAAAUCCAGUUUGUCCUUCAUUCAUAAAAAAAAAACACCUUUUAGUUGAUUUCUUUCAAAGCUCGUUUUGAUUCGAAUCAAGUUUCCGGUUAAUUUCUUCUACCGUUUCGGCUUUUCAAAGGGCAGCUUAAUUCAAAGUUGCCUUUAAAAAGGUAAGCGAGGAGUAGAAAACUGUAUUAGAAUGGGGUUCUUACUGCAGUGACUUUAAUGUAAAAAUAUCUAGGAGAUCUUCUCGCUCGCAGUGAAAGGGAGAUGGGAGAUUGUGUUUCUAAUGCCUGAGAGGCAGGGAAAUGGAUUUUAAUGCCUUGGCAAGCAGUCAGCUGCAAAUGCUGGUUCUGGUUUCUAAAAUGAGGAAGGGAAGUGAAUUAAAACAGCUGUCAUUUCUCAAAGGGUGGUUGAGAAGUUGUGCGUUAUACCAUUCCAAUGUGUAAUUUAAUUUAAAAUUAAAAAAAAAAAACAACAACCUUAAAAAAAAAAU